CUAGGUGGAUUACGUAUUUCUUAUGACUCAGGAGAAAAGUCACGCUGCCGUGUCGAAGGAACCAUCAAAAUAUUUGAAACAAUUCUCUCGCUAUGGAAGCCGUAGUUGAUACUAAUAAUUUUGUGUUACUGUUAUGGUCCGGAGCACAACCCCCUAAGGAUAUUGAGGCGGUUGUUGGAAGUUUAACAAAGAAAGUAGGCCCGAACGGCAAAGUGUCAUUAGAACACUCCGACCGCCUUCACAUCGCUUCCCAUGCCAUGUCAUCAUUUGAUGUUGUGUUGUCUGGUGUGUGCGAGAGCCCCAGCCUUAUUCACAGCAUGGAGCUACUGUCAGAGCUUGCCAAACUUCUGAAACCUGAUGGCAAGCUCAUUCUCAGGGAACCAGUUGGCUCUAAUGACUCAAGAAGUCCAGAAAAAAUAAUCUCCACCCUCAAGUUGUCUGGGUUUGUCUCUAUUUCUCAAGCAAAUGAAGUGAAGCCUUCUAUUGUCGAGAUAUCAGCACAGAAACCCAGCUUUGAAGUGGGGGCAAAGACUGCCCUUUCUCUUUCAUUUGCUCCCAAACCAGCACAACCCAAGGCUGAGACAAGUGCAGCACAGAUCUGGACGUUGUCUGCACAAGACAUUGAUGAUGAAGAUGUGGACCUGCUUGACUCUGAUACCUUACUGGAUGAAGAUGAUCUCAAGAAACCAGACCCUCUUUCUUUAAAAGCUGCUUGUGGUCCUGGUAGUGGCAAAAAGAAGGCCUGCAAGAACUGCACAUGUGGACUAGCAGAACAAGAAAACGGAGAUGCAACUGAGAAGAAAAGUGUGACCUCAUCUUGUGGAAGUUGCUAUCUUGGAGAUGCAUUUCGUUGUUCCACCUGCCCGUACCUGGGAAUGCCAGCCUUCAAACCUGGGGAGAAAAUUGCUCUCACUGACCGCCAGCUAAAAGGAGACCUAUAAAGAACUAUCAAACUCACUGACUGCCAGCUAAAAGUUGACCUAUAAAGAACUAUCAAACUCGCUGACUGCCAGCUAAAAGGAGACAUAUAAAGAACUAACAAACUCACUGACUGCCAGCUAAAAGGAGACCUAUAAAGAACUAUCAACUAUCAAACUCACUGACUGCCAGCUAAAAGGAGACCUAUAAAGAACUUCUAUCAAACUCACUGACCGCCAGCUAAAAGGAUACCUAUGAAGAACUAUCAAACUCACUGACUGCCAGCUAAAAGGAGACACACGAAGAACUGACUGAUCACCAGCUAAAAGAAGACUAAGGGCUUUUAUCCACUUCACCAUAGAGAAUCAUCCUAAUAACCAGGGUUCUGAUGGGGAUCUUGAUUCCAUCUUUCUUGUGACUUUUGCUCCCCGACGCCCUCUACCUGGUUUUACUUUAAUAUAAAUUUAAUUUCCAUUCCUGUGAUUCCACCUGUUCCUGGCUUAAAAUCAAGGCAAUCCUGGUUUAUACCUUCAGAGUUAAAAUCAUGAGUGUUGAAGCAGAAAUUUACUUUUGAGAUAUUUCUGGUAGAACUAAGAUAGCUGAAUGUUUUGUUUUUUUUCAUUAAGGAACGAUUUUCUCACAGAAACAUAUAAGAGCUUCAGCACAUUAAAGCUUAGUGCUAACUAGCCUACGUGUAGCCGCUGACUCGCGAAAAAAAAAUUUCAUGAGUCAGUGGCUACACGUAGGCUAAGUGCUAACUAACUACAAACGUUGAAGCCUUUGUUUUGACGAAUCUAGGCAAGAUAUCUACAUAAAUAGAAUAAACUUUGGUAUUGUA